AUGUCCUGGGCUCCUGUCCUGCUGGCGCUCCUCGCCUACCUCACAGGUUGUGGCCCUCAGCCAGUGCUGGAUCAGCCACCUUCUGUGUCCUCGCCCCUUGGAACCACAGUCCGUCUGGCCUGCACGUUGAGCAGGGACCAUGAUGUCAGCAUUUAUAGCAUCUUCUGGUACCAGCAGAGGCCCGGACACCCUCCCAGAUUCUUGCUGAGAUAUUUCUCCCAUUCAGACAAGAAACAGGGCCCCAAGGUCCCUCCACGCUUCUCUGGAUCCAAAGAUGUGGCCGAGAACACGGGGUAUUUGAGCAUCUCUGAGCUGCAGCCUGAGGAUGAGGCUCUGUACUACUGUGCUGUGGGCACCCAGAGAUGGGAGAGGGAGAAGAUGGAGAUGGAGAACGAGGAAGAGAAGGAGCCUGCUGCUUCAGUGUCCCAGGCACCCCCGGACACACUCACCGUGAACUGA